AUGUCACAGCCAGAUGUUACAGAAGUAAGAAACUCGUUUGAUACUCAAGGUUUAGAAAGAUAUUUGUCAAAUUUAUCUAAUGCUCAUCAUACUACAUUUGGGUUGAAUAAACCUAAUUUUAAAUUACCAUUAACUAUUAAACAAUUUAAGUUUGGCCAGUCCAAUCCUACUUACUUUAUUACUGAUGCUAAUGGGUUUGAAUUUGUAUUGAGAAGAAAGCCUGUUGCUAAUGAUAAGUUGGUUUCUAAGUCGGCUCAUGCCAUUGAGAGGGAAUUUUUCAUGCUCAGAGGUAUUCAGGUGUGUAAUAAACCAAGAACCAAAAAAGUACCAGUCCCAGAUCUCUAUUUGCUAUGUGAAGACGAAUCGGUUAUUGGCUUUGUCUUUUACCUUAUGGAGUACGUUAAUGGAAGGCAAAUCAAAAAUCCUAGCAUGCAAGGAAUGAGUGAAUCAGAUGCAAAGUUGCAUUGGGAUUCAAUAAUGGAAACUAUCCUGUCUGUUCAUUCUCUAGACCCAGACACAUUGAUUAAGGAGCUUCCAGCAAAUCAUUUCCCUCAAUUUCAACCGGAAAAAAUGGCGAAGAGCAGUGGGUCGUAUUUUCAGAGACAGAUUAGAACCUUAUCAUCCGUCGCAAAUCUUCAAUCAAAAGUGGUGGAUCCAAUCCCACAUUUUGAUCAAAUCUGUAAAUGGCUCUUAGAAAAGGCACCCAACGAUCCAUCUAAGAAAUCAUUAAUCCAUGGAGAUUUCAAGAUCGAUAAUGUCUUGUUCGACGUUAACGAACCUAAAAUUGUUGCAGUUUUGGAUUGGGAAUUGUGUACCUUCGGACAUCCGCUAUUUGAUUUAGCUAAUUUCUUGCAGCCUUUCCAGUUGCCCAAUCAAUUGAAUUUGUUGCUUUAUAAACCGGAUAAGACUGAUAUGGGAAUUGAGAAACCUGGUUCUCUUGAUUCUAUUUAUGAUAAGUUGGCUAUUUAUCAAUCGAAAUUAGGCUACAACUGGAAUGACAACGAUCCUUCAAAUAACGCAUCUGAUAAUUGGAAUGUGGGUUUUGUAUUCGGGUUACUUAGGUUGUGUGUCAUCUCUCAAGGUAUUGCUAUGAGAGUUGCAAAAGGAAGUGCAAGUUCGGGUGACGCGGCAGGCUACGCUAAAUUGUAUCUUCACCUUCCUGAUUUAGCACUUAAUACGAUCAAUGAUAAGGUACAAGACUCUAAACUAUAG